AUGAUGCUUAUCAUUCACAUUUUUGUCCUUAUAUCUAUUUAUCGGAAUCGCAAAAAGAGAAGCGACUUCCAACAACGGCAUGCGCUUGCUGACGCAAAACUGAUCCUAUCAACAGUAAAUCCGGUUGUUCUACUUUUGUUCAAUCGACAAGUUCGUUGUGGCAUUCGAUCCAUCUUCUCACGGGAAAGUAAAGCGGUAGUCACUGGAAUGAAACCACAUCACAAUUCGUCAACUCGAGCAAGCGAUCAGACCAACAUUCAAAGGAUCUCCGGCUCCAAGUGCAAUUCACAUCACAUUUGA